AUGUCGACCGGCGCGACAGAUCAUGCCAACCUAGAUCCCAUCUUUACGCAGUCUCGCUAUCCUUUCAAAAACAGUGCGGAAUCAAGUCCGCAGCACAAUCCGCAGAUGAGUGAGAUCGCACAUCCCCAGUCGGCGGGCCCCAUUGCAGGCGGAGCGAGCUUAAAAGCCGCCCCCCAUACAAGCGCAGAUGGACGAAAAACUGGUAGCCCGGUCAAAACGCGGAGUGUGGACUAUAUCUUGCGGAGUGGUCUUGCUGGAGGUUUGGCGGGCUGUGCGGCCAAAACUGUCGUUGCGCCACUAGAUCGAGUCAAGAUCCUUUUCCAAGCCUCAAAUCCACAAUUCGCCAAAUACACAGGCAGCUGGGCAGGCCUGGCGGCUGCCAUCCGGGACAUCAAGCGCUAUGAAGGCACCCGCGGCCUCUUCAAGGGCCAUUCUGCUACACUCCUCCGAAUUUUCCCCUACGCCGCAAUUAAGUUCCUUGCCUACGAGCAGAUUCGUGCCAUCGUGAUCCCCUCCCACGAUAAAGAAACCGCCAUCCGCCGCUUGAUAUCUGGUAGCAUGGCCGGUAUCACGUCCGUCUUCUUCACAUACCCAUUAGAACUGGUCCGAGUACGGCUUGCCUUCGAGACCAAGCAAUCAUCCCGGUCAUCAUUAAGGGACAUCUGCCGCCAAAUCUACAAUGAACACGUUAUGCCCCCAUCUACGGGCGGUGCCGCAGCCCAAGCAUCUUCUUCGACAGCCGCCGCCGCCGAAACCGUCUCUUCAGCCGUUAAUUCGGCUGUGCCUCGUUCAGGCCUUGCGAACUUCUAUCGUGGCUUCGCCCCGACCAUCCUUGGCAUGCUUCCCUACGCGGGCAUGUCGUUCCUCACACACGACACGAUCGGAGACUGGCUUCGUGACCCGUCUGUGGCGAAAUACACAACCCUCCCCGACUCCCAAGCCACGCCUUCCAACAAGAGCUCUCGACAUCCUCAACUAACAGCCGCCGCGGAGCUGUUCUCAGGUGCCAUUGCCGGUCUUGUUUCUCAAACCUCCUCAUACCCCCUUGAAGUGAUUCGGCGGCGAAUGCAGGUCGGCGGUGCAGUCGGCGAUGGCACCCGGUUCGGAAUCAUCCAAACUGGUCGCAAGAUCUGGCUCGAGCGCGGAUUCCGCGGAUUCUGGGUUGGUUUGACCAUUGGCUAUAUGAAGGUUGUACCCAUGGCAGCCACCGCUUUCUUUGUUUAUGAGCGAUUAAAGUGGGCAUUGAGCAUCUAA